CACGCACGCAAGCUCCUUCGAUCCGAAGACACGCUACUGCAGAGAGAAACACGCCUCGCCGUGGCGCGCGCGCACGACGGCGCAUUCCCAGGGACAGAAAAGAACAAGCCCCCCGCCUUCCAAUUCCGUCCGCAUCGGCCGCGCCGAGGCGGCGGGGGAGGCACGUACCCCUCCCCUGUCCGCAUGGCCGGUGCGUGCGCGCACCGGAGAUCGCCCGAGGUUUUCUGUACGUCCUCCAUGGCCGGGACCAGGGCAUCGGUGCAAGCGCGCGCGCGGGGGCGACAGGCCGCGGAUUAAGAAACGGGAAAGCGCACACACAGCAGUUUGAUAUUGGGCGCGUCAGACGGUGCCGGGUUUGAAUAUGCGGCAGCUCCCUUUGACCAGCAUCGCUAGCUGUGUGCGGUGGAGCUGAGCUGAUCAGUGUGGUGUGGAUGGAUCUAAUCUGCCUCCUUGGCAUAUAUAAAACCCCUGCACUGUCACCUAAACCUCUCCUUUCCCCUCUGCUCGUCCGGUUCAGAGGUGCCAGCAGGUAGCUCUUUGUUGCCAAGUAGAGGAGACCAUGAGGCGCGCAGGGAGCCUUCUUCUCCUGCUGCUUCUGCUCUCCCUGUCUGCCUCCACCGCCGAAGCAAACAACAAGGGGAGCUUCGGCGACGACGCGGCACCCUUGACCGGCCGGAGAUGGCACCUGAGAGGACGGCGGGCAAUGGCGGACCGAGGGCACGGAGAGGCGAGGAGGGAUGAGGCCGUGGGAGCCAGGAACACAGGAGCAAAUCAAGAAGCAGGUCAUGGGUCUGCUGAAUUUGUACAUGAUGAGGGAGCAACCGGCCAUCGUCAUAACCACGGCGGCGACGCGGCCGCCAUGGCGUCAGACAUGCUGAGGAUGGACUACUCCGUCUCCGUGGACGUCCACAGCCGGCGGCCCAUCAACAACGACGCUCCGUUGUAUGAGCUCGCGGACGAGAAGCCUUAGCUAGAUGCCGGUCCACACGCGUGAGAAGAUGCGACUCCUAUUGAUAUAGACACAGAUGGUGUUAGGCUAGCUAGCACAUGGUUAGCUUAGCUAAGUAGGGAGGGACCCUCCGGGCCGCACGUAGAGCCCAUUUCUGAACCUCGAUCGAUCAAUGGAACGGAUCGAUCGAGGUGAGUUGGAUGAGCAGUUUUGGUUGCGCCGUGCUUGGAGGGGUAGUGACGUCUGUAAUCUGUCAGCAGCAGCAUCUCUGAAGCUGCAGAGAAUAGAACUCAUGAUGCUACUUCAGG